AUGGGGGGAGGUCCUAGAGUUGUUAGCCUUAUUCCUAGCUACCCGACUCACGUUGCUGCGUGCCUAUGGGAUGGCACUCUAGAUAGAGGUAAGCUACAUUGCCAGUGCAGAUUUGUUGUUAGUAAGAAGAUUACGAGUUGGUUUCGUUGCAUGAACCACGAAGCCAAAGAGAAAGUUCUAGAUACUCCAUUGAGUCAUUUGCCUAUGAUCAUGGCUCCCCACAUCGAUGCUCCUUUGAUAUAUGCUUUCGUGGAGAGGUGGCAACCAGAUACAAACACUUUUCACCUUCCAUUUGGAGAGAUGACGAUCAUGUUGCACGACAUCGUGGCGAUAGUGGGGAUCCCUAUUGAGGGGCGUGCAUUGAGUACCCGCCCUACCGACCAGGGUAGGUCCUUGAUUACUCGGGUUUGUGAGUUGCUUUCGGUGAGAGAGGAUAUGCUGAAACCGGUCCAUUGGAAUAAAGGUGGUUUGAAGACUACGUCCAUUAUUGACUUAUGUUCAGCACCGAAUAGGGAUGCAACGUGCCAAGUGACUGGGUGGUUGAUGUCUACUAUUGGGUGUUGUUUGUUUACUGAUAAGAGUAAGAGUCGGCUAUCUGCGAAGGUCUUGCUUGAUCUCGAUACACUGGACGAUGUGGGUGAAUAUUCUUGGGGAUCUGCUUGCUUAGCUUAUCUUUAUCGCCAGCUGGGUGUUGCUUCACGGUCAGAGUCACGAGGUAUCGGAGGAUGUCUGGCGCUUCUUCAGGCUUGGAUAUAUGAGCAUUUUCCUUGUUUCCGACAUCGCUCGAUCCGAAAGGAUGUAGCUCCUGGUGAUCCUCGAGCAUCGAGAUGGAUUUAUGCUGCUGAGAGUAAGGACAAGAGUAGAUUGGCUUCGUUCCGUGCUCGGCUAGAUAGGCUGACACCAAGGAGAUUGCGUGGACGCCAUAUUACGACAACCCGACCACUCAGUAUCCGAGGACAUCUUAUAUUGGUCCAAUAUGUUACCGUCAUAUCGAUGAGAUGUAUAGCCUUGAUCGAGUGA